UGUCGGAACCAUCGACAUUCUGACGUUGUACCUGCCCGGACAAAUUUCAGCUGCCCCCAUCACACCGGCGACAGCGACGUUCAUUGGUCGUUCGCAAAGCUGUUUACAUUUACAGCGCGGUUGCCGUCUUCCCCGGUGUGAUGAAGGUGUCCAGAUUAAUGUGAGGCUGUAUUUGAUCGCUCGUCUGCUCUGCGGCAGCUCACCGGAAGAUGUCCGGAUCGGGAGUGAGCUGCCCGGGCUGCGGCUCCUCCAACAUCGUGGACGAUGAUCUGUACUCUCAGGCCCAGAUGGUGUGUGUGGACUGCGGCUCCGUGGUGUCCGAGGGAGUGCUGGCCCAUGACCCGAACGGAGGUUCAGACGUCAGCUACAGCUGGACCACAGCUGUGACCAGAAAGCCAUGUGUCAACCUGGUAAAAGGCCUGCAGCGUGUGAAAGCCAUAUGUCGGAUUCUCAGGGUCCACAAGGAGAUCGAGGAUCUGUCGCAGGCGUAUUACAAGCAGGCCUAUCAGCACCAGAGUUUCAUUAAAGUGAGCCUCCAGAAGAAAGAGGUUCUCGCCGGCUGCUGCGUGCUCGUGAGCUGCAGACUGCUCAACUGGCCCAUCACCAUGGGAACCAUGAGCUGCCUGCUGGACGCCGACCCCAUGGCGGUGGGAGUGGUUUAUCAAGAGAUGGUCAAGGUCCUCAGCAUCGAGGCGCCGAUCGUCAAUGUCACUGACGUCAUGGAGGCCCACAGUCAGGAGUACAAAAUUAGCCCGCUUCAUGUGCCUGAACAGCUGGCUGAGAACUCCAAGGACCUGGCCAAGCGUGCCGUGGCCCUGGUCGAGCUGGCAGCAGACACCUGGAUUGUGACUGGCCGGAAGCCCAUCCCCAUCAUGAUGGCAGCCAUCUACUUGGCGUGGCAGUCGUUGAAGCCCAGCAAGCAGCGCCUGAAAUUCACACUAGACAGAUUCUGUCAGAUUGCCAAGGUGAAUAAGCACAAGGCUGCUUUGAAGAGAAUCACUGAGAUGAGGGAGGUGCUGUGUAAGCUGGGGAGGGAGAUUCCCUGGCUCAGGGCGGAAGUGACACCAGAUAAUGUGGCCAGGCAGGUGGAUGAUAUCCUGAAGAACAGGUACGCCCUGCUGAGGAGGGCUCUGAGAACCCACGAGGACGCUCUGCAGGCAGAGGACUCUCUGACUGAGGAGGCCGCCUCCUCCCGAGCCUCUGAGCCUGUAGAGCACACUCCAACGGCAUCUGCUGUGGGACUGUGUGGACUGAACUCUGAAAGGACCCAGCAACCAGGAGAUGGAAAUGAAAGUCCGUGCAAAGCACCUGAGCUGCAGAGCGACUCUCAGGAGACCCAGGAGUCGGUGCCAAACUGGGGGAAGAGAGUGCUGUUUGCUCCUCCAUGUGUGACUCAUCCUAAGAGAAGGAGAGCAGGGCAGCCUGGGCUCCAGGAUGUGACCGGCGAUGAGGAAAUCUCUGACAGUGAAAUUGACUCAUACAUCCGCACUCCUCGGGAAGCGCGAGAGUUCGCUCUGACACAGAAGAUUCUGUCCUUGUCAGAGAGUGAGAAGUCAUAAUCAAUUAUCCAUAGAGACCAGUGUUUACAUCUUUCGAUCUUGGCUGUAUGAGUAAAACAGAUUUUUACGCUUAAAUGCACUUUCUACUUUAGGACUAUUCUAAUAAGGAUGCAGAUAUUUAUUAUUUCCACAUACUUUGUUUAUAUCAGGAGAUGCUGCAACCUUUUUUUACUGAACUUUUGUCCACUAACAGAUUGUAUCUGUGUAUUACAUUGCUGCUUAAACUUGGACUUGCAAAUAAAGUUAUGUUGAACUAGUUAACAUCUAACAUUUCUUUUAAAGAACAUAAGAAUAAAUCAGAGGUGCACGUCUACUUUUUUUAUGACUGAAUAAAAAAAGCAAUUUCACACUGCUGUGCUUUGUAUUUGGUAGAUUCUGCCAGCUUCCUCAAUUCAAAGUGUGUUUAGGGCACGCUGCUUGUUUAUUCAAUUAUGCAAAAAAUAAAAAAUAAAUAAACAUU